AGCAGCUUUUCCUCCCGGGGGAGCUGAGGCGGGCGGGAGGGCGGAGGGAACCUGCAGAGGGCGGUUUCUCUCCUCUUUUCCUGUCCCACCCAGUCGCCCCCCCCCCGCCCCCGGCCGGCCUCGGCAGCUAACUUUGAGCGUCUUUGCGCUGCUUCCUCAGCUCUGGGUCCCCGGCGGGUCCCCGCGGUGCCUGCGGUUCCCGCCCCCGUCGAGUUGAGCAGGACGCGCGGCGCGGCGCGGCACCGGCCCUUCCCCUGCAGCCCGUCCGACUGGUAAGAUCUGCACCUCCCUGCAGGUGCCUGUCCACCUGCCGAGAUGACUAGCCUCCCAACCACGCCUUCUCCAGGAGAAGAACUGAUGGCCACCCCAAUCCUACAGGCCACUGAGGCCCUGUCCCCAGAAGCUGAAGCCAGCACAGCACUCAUUGCAGUUGUUAUCACAGUGGUCUUCCUCACCCUGCUCUCAGUCGUGAUCUUGAUCUUCUUUUACCUGUACAAGAACAAAGGCAGCUACGUCACCUACGAACCUGCAGAAGGCGAGCCCGGCGCCGUCCUCCAGAUGGAGAGCAACUCGGCCAAGGGCAGGGAGAAGGAGGAGUAUUUCAUCUAAUGGUUCCCAGAUCCCAAGGAGCUUAUCCAGGCUUCAGUGCUAACACACAAUUUAUUAGGUGAAAGUUUUAUCUGAAACCGGUGAGAAGCAUCGACUGAUACGGGCAGAACUGAGCUCCUUCUGGGACACAGGCACAAGUGCUAACAUCACCGACGCCUGGGACCGGGGGCACGAAGGAAGCUGCUCGUGACGUCUCUAGCCAGGCCUCUUGUCAUACAGCCGGUGCUUCUGGCUGACCAACGAGGUUGAGCUGUACCAGGCAAUGCUGGAGUAUGUGCCCAGUCAUCUUCACUCUUUUCACAGGUCGAAGGGGAGGAGGAGAGUUGGGGGUCACUGGAUGCUCCUCUGUCCCAUACCUGGUCACCUAGUGACAGCCCAAGUGGAAAUAGUGCCCCAUAGAAGUUCUUCCCAGAGGCCGGACACCACAGUGAAAGGCCAGGCCAGGAGGGGCAGGAGACUGUGGAGACCUCUCUCCUGAUGAACGUGCCACAUCCCUUAAUCUGAGCCCUUCCUUUCCAUAUUCCCCAGCAAGCCAGACUUAUGCUAUUUUUCUCGGAAUUAAAAUCUUUCA